UACCCCGGAUGUUAAGCUUGCAAUGCUGAGGAAGUUUGCGACAAGUUUCAGAGGCAGUAGCUGUCUGUUUGCACGCCAAUCAUUGAAAAGAAAGCUGUGUGCAGAGGCUGCAGCAGGAGCUGCAAUUGUUGGCCGAGAUUUUCUUAGUCUAAAAGACUUUACUCAAGACGAGAUCAAGCACUUGCUAUGGGUUUCUAGUGAUUUAAAAGCGCGAAUCAAGCAAAAUGGAGAGAUACUGCGUCCACUAGAGGGCAAAACAUUGGGCAUGAUUUUUGAAAAAAGAAGCACUCGGACGAGAGUCUCAACCGAAGUCGGUAUGGCAGUUCUUGGUGGGCAUGCAGUUUUUUUGACAAACGAUGAUAUUCAUUUGGGUGUCAAUGAGUCUCUGAGGGACACAGCUAAUGUGUUAUCGAACUACGUAGACGUGCUGCUUGCUCGGGUCUAUAAACACAGUGACCUUGAUGAGUUGGCCUCACAUGCAUCCAUUCCUAUAGUCAAUGGACUGUCUGAGGUGUAUCACCCUCUUCAGAUACUCGCAGAUCUACAGACUCUUCAGGAGCGGUUUGGAUCGCUGCAUGGCCUCACUGUGUCAUGGGUCGGCGAUGGUAACAAUGUGUUACACUCGUUAAUGAUUGGCUGCAGCAAGAUGGGCAUGCAUGUGAGGGUAGCGACACCGGACGGAUACAAACCGAAUCCGACAGUAAUUCAACAGGCAGAAAUAAUCGGAAAUAAGACAGGAGCUACAUUGUAUCUUACUGACGAUCCUCGGGAUGCCGUCCGUGGAGCUCAAUGUAUUGUUACUGACACUUGGAUAAGUAUGGGACAAGAAGAAGAGGCAAAGCAACGUCUAAAGGCAUUUGAAGGAUAUCAAGUCACAUCACAAUUGUGCGAGUUGGCAAGUCGUGACUGGUGUUUCCUUCACUGUUUACCACGUCAUCAAGAAGAAGUGAGCGACGAAGUUUUCUACUCGGAUCGUUCUCUAGUAUUUCCUGAAGCUGAAAACAGGAAGUGGACAGUCAUGGCUGUUUUACUGUCACUUAUUCAACAACACUGUCCACUUACAACAAAACCAACAUUCUGAAUACGACAGCAAGACAAUGAGUUGCAAAGGGAGGAGUGAGAGAGAGAGCCAUCAUGUGUUAAAGUCAAGACAAUACAUUAACUGCUGUAAAAUUUAUAAAAAAUAAAAAAUAACAUUUUUAAAAAAAAUUGAUUCAACUAUAAAAGUGAAUCAGCUGUCAACAAGACAGUCUAGCAUGUGAGUGGCCAUACAAAUUACGUCACGUGCUGAAUAUGCUUGAUGCCUUGAAUGC